AUGCCCAUCAGCCCCGGCGGGCGAGCCAAUGAGCGCCGCUAUGCAGAUGAGGCGGGUGACAGCGCCGGAGCCGCAGCCGCCCGAGCGCACCGGGGCAGCUUUGGCGCGGCGCUCGGCGGAGCCGCACGCACCAUGAUGCGGCCCUUCUCGUUCCCCGCCAGCCCGGAGCGGAGCCGGCUGCGCGGCUGGCUCGAAGGCACCCUGGCCGGCCUGUGCGAGCUCCACCUGCUGCGGGAGCGCCAGGAGCGCCGGGUCAGGCAGGCGCUGCGCCUGGCCCACGGGUCCCCGGCCAAGCACGGCGAGGGGGAGGCGGGCGGCGGCGGCGGCGGAGGGGAGCCGGCGCCCGAGGACCAGCUGGAUUCCCUGCCUGGUUUGAUGUGGGAACUGGAACAGCAAUUAGGGGUACUGCGACUUUACCCCGAGAAGACAGGUGGGGAAGGAACAGAGACAGACAGCUGGCCAAGCUCAGGUUUUUACGAGGGCCCCCAGUCGGCUGUCACCUCUGAUUCUCCUGCGUCCAGGUUUGGCGAUUCCUCUUCUAGUUUCCCGUCUGCCUCGGGGUCCUACUCCCGGAUCGGUUAUGCUAGCGAGCGCCCCAAAUCUGUGGGUGACAUGGCUAACAGCAGCAAAGACGGGGCCAACCGUAGCAAAGUGCCCCGCUCCUUCUCUGCCCCCUACUCCAGUUCCCAGGACUACUCCACAGAGCCGUUGACAACACGCUACCCACCAGACCCUUUCCUGUACCCCAGCCCUCUCCAUGCUGUGGCCCUGCAGAACCCCUUAAUCCGUAGCCAUUUGUACGAGGACCCUGCCUUCUCUUCAGCCACCUCCCAAGCAUUGGGUUACCCAGCAGAUCAAGAGGGAAACCUGGACGCCUAUGGCAGCGAGUUCCAAUUCUAUUCCGAGGCUGCCUCGCACUGUCACAAAGUGGAGAGUUACAUCUCGCGCCUCAUCCGUCGCCGCAGCCAGCUGGUGAGAGGCAGCAAACCCCGGACUAGCCUCAGCUCGGAACCCCCUGCCCCAGCCAAGGGCGGCGUGGCCAGGCAGAACAGCUCCUGUAAGAGACCCACGGAGCUGCUUCCCCCUCAGGCAGACCGCAAGCACCCUCCAGCCAUGGAAAGAGGAAGCAGCACCCCUUCCCCCUGCGGCCAUGAGGGUGGAGCCGCGGCAUCUACGCGCAUUUGGUCCUCCUGGGACGCUGCUGCCGAGAGGACAUUGGCUGCCAAGGUGGUAGCAGAGGACUAUAGCCCACCCCAUUCUAGCCUCAAGAAACCCCCCAAGCUCCAGGCUCUUGCACACAUGAGGCCUACUUCAUUGGAUCAAUAUGAAGCUGCUUACCCGCCAUCCCCUCUGCCGGAUGGAGAGGAUGGAGCCCCCCAGCGGAAUGGCCAGGACCCCAUAUCUUACGAGCCUGAGGAUGGGGCCUGCUUAAUGGUGAAAGCCCAGUACAUCCCUGCCCAACAGCUGACGAGGGCCCAGCAAGCGCACCGGGCUGCCAAAAAGAAACCCCCGCCUCUCACCAAGGGCCGCUCGGUGGAGUUCUCACCAGAACGGACCCCUCUAACAACAAGGGAGCGACCACGGGUAUCGGCACCCACCAAGAAAUGCCGCUUCACUGAAGAGGGGGGUGAGGUGGUGGGGAGAAAGGGGGCAGGAAGAAAAAGCUCUCCCCGGUCUAGGAAGGCUGCCCGCUCACAGUCUGAAAACAGCCUUCUCAAUAAACCAGGAGUCAAGUACGGGACAGCCGAACGGGAGGAAGCGGCUCUAAAACCAGCCCGACAACGGAGGCCCCAUGGACAGACGGCUGGCGGCUACCGCAAAUGGCGCUCGACGGCUGAAAUCUUUCAAGAGGACCCGUCGACAGGAGGUGCCGUUGAGCCACACCGGAUCCAGCAGGGGGUAGGCACAGUUGGGUAUAGUUAUGCUGGUAGUGACUCUGAGUGUUCGGGAGAGCCAGCCCGCCAAGCCCCUGUGUGCCGUCUGGAGGAAGGCCUGGUCUAUGCAGACAGCGAGUCCAGCCUGAGCGAAUCGCCUCCCCCUUACAGUAGCGGGGCGUCCAGCGACACAGACGAGAGUGGUGGCCUGGUGUGGCCACAGCAGCUCUCCCCACAACUCGUGUCCGCCUCUGGGCCUGGGAAGUCAGCUGGCGGGCAGCCCAAGGUUUUCGUCAAAAUCAAAGCCUCCCAUGCUCUGAAGAAGAAGAUCAUGCGGUUCCGCUCCGGCUCCCUCAAAGUCAUGACAACCGUGUGAG